CUCACUGAUGUCAAUUCAUAUUUAUCUCGGCAUCUGAAAUAAAAAAAAAAUUUAGUUCCUUUUUUUCACAUUUUCUCUGCAAAAUUCUCUCGUCUUGUUCUUUACACUCCGGCUGCUCUUGGAGCCCAAGGUACACAGAACUAGGAGGGAAUGGACGAAGAGCACUCACCUGAUAACAACGGCAAGUUGUUACCCGAUCUCAAACUAGAUGCUAGGCAAGCCCAGGGGUUUAUUUCCUUCUUCAAAACCCUACCGAAUGAUGCUAGGGCUGUGCGCUUCUUUGAUCGCAAGGAUUAUUAUACUGUCCAUGGUGAAAAUGCCAGCUUCAUCGCAAAGACAUAUUACCGCACCACCACUGCCCUUAGACAACUUGGUAAUGCUAAUGAUGGUAUUUCCAGCGUCAGUGUGAGCAGAAAUAUGUUUGAAAACAUUGCUCGCGAUCUUUUACUUGAUAGAACAGAUCAUACAAUCGAAGUCUAUGAGGGCAGUGGAUCUAACUGGAGGUUGACUAAAGCUGGCACUCCUGGUAAUAUUGGUUCUUUUGAAGAUGUCCUGUUUGCCAACAAUGAUAUGCAGGAUGCUCCGGUCACAAUUGCUUUGUUUCCUAGCUUACGUGAAAAUCAGUGCACUGUUGGCCUAAGUUAUGUUGAUUUGACUAAUCAAAAGCUUGGUUUAGCAGAAUUUCUUGAUGACAGUCAAUUCACAAACGUAGAAUCAGUUUUAGUUGCUCUUGGAUGCAAAGAGUGUCUUCUCCCCAUGGAAAGUGGAAAGUCGAUAGAAUUCAAGAAUCUACAUGAUGUACUGAGUAGAUGUGGUGUUCUUCUGACUGAGCGGAAGAAAACUGAGUUCAAGUCACGAGAUCUAGUCCAGGACCUCAGCAGAAUAAUAAGAGGCUCAAUAGAACCAGUGCGAGAACUACUUUCUGAAUUCCAACUCGCUUUGAGUGCACUUGGGGCAUUACUUUCUUACGUGGAUCUUCUUGCAGAUGACUGCAACUAUGGUAAUUAUACCAUCCAAAAGUACAGUCUAGAUAGAUACAUGCGAUUAGAUUCUGCCGCCAUUAGGGCUUUGAAUAUUCUAGAAAGCAAAACAGAUGCAAAUAAAAAUUUUAGUUUGCUUGGUCUGAUGAAUAGAACGUGUACUGCUGGAAUGGGCAAGAGAUUACUAAACAGGUGGCUCAAACAACCUCUUCUUGACGUGGAUGAAGUCAAUUUUAGAUUGGAUAUGGUUCAGACAUUUGUGGAUGAUGUAGAGUUACGCCAAACAUUGAGGCAACAAUUGAAGAGGAUGCCAGAUAUUGAGCGCUUGACGCAUAACCUUAGGAAGAGAGCAGCUAACUUGUCACCAGUCAUUAAACUAUACCAGGCAUGCAACAGGUUACCAUACAUUAAAAGUGCCCUUGAGCAUUAUGAAGGACAGUUUUCUCCUUUGAUAAGAAAGAAAUAUAUCUGUCCUCUACAACAUUGGUUGGGUAAGGAUCAGCUGAAUAUGUUUAUUGAUCUUGUUGAUACAGCUGUUGAUGUUAAUCACAUUGAGAGUGGUGAAUAUAUGAUAUCACCUGGGUAUGAUGAAGCAUUAGCAUUAUUGAAAGAUAAGCUUGAUGCAGUUGAGCAACAAAUAUACAACCUGCACAAAGAAACAGCCAAUGAUCUUGAUCUUUCUAUUGACAAGUUUUUAAAGUUGGAAAAAGGGAGUCAAUUUGGACAUGUAUUUAGGAUCACCAAGAAAGAAGAACAGAAAGUGAGGAAAACUUUAAAUACCCACUUUAUUGUCCUUGAAACUCGUAAGGAUGGAGUUAAAUUUACAAAUACAAAACUUAAAAAACUUGGAGAUCAGUAUCAAAAGAUACUCAAUGAGUAUACAAGUCGGCAAAAAGAUUUAGUUUUACGCGUUGUUGACACUUCUGCUACCUUUUCAAUGAUUUUUGAAGAUUCAGCUAGGCUUCUUUCUGAGCUAGAUGUGUUGCUCAGUUUCGCUGAUCUUACUGUUAGCUCCCCUGUUCCAUAUGUGAGACCGGAGAUCACAGGAUCUGAUGAAGGAGAUAUCAUAUUAGAAGGCUGCAGACAUCCUUGUGUAGAGGCGCAGGAUGGUGUGAAUUUUAUACCUAAUGAUUGCAAUCUUGUUCGAGGUAAGAGUUGGUUGCAGAUUAUUACUGGUCCUAAUAUGGGAGGAAAAUCUACAUUUAUACGACAGGUUGGCGUGAAUGUGUUGAUGGCACAAAUUGGAUGCUUUGUUCCAUGUGAGAGGGCAAGCGUAAGCGUUCGUGAUUGUAUCUUUGCUCGUGUUGGUGCUGGUGAUUGCCAACUCCGUGGUGUUUCAACCUUCAUGCAAGAAAUGCUUGAAACUGCCUCUAUCUUGAAAGGCGCAACAGAGAAGUCACUCAUAAUAAUUGAUGAGUUGGGCCGUGGCACAUCUACUUAUGAUGGAUUUGGUUUAGCAUGGGCUAUAUGUGAGUACCUUGUGCAGGUUACUAGAGCUCCAACCUUGUUUGCUACUCACUUCCACGAACUGACUGCAUUGUCCCAUGGAACAUUUGAUGAUUCAAGUGGUAUGGCAGCCGUUGGAGUGGCAAAUUAUCAUGUUGGGGCACACAUAGAUCCGUCAAGUCGUAAAUUAACUAUGCUUUAUAAGGUAGAACCUGGUGCCUGUGAUCAAAGCUUUGGCAUCCAUGUUGCUGAAUUUGCUAACUUCCCCGAGAGUGUUGUGGCUCUUGCCAAAAGGAAGGCUGCUGAGCUGGAAAAUUCCGCUCAAACACCAACUACUUCUGAUAAAUUUAAUGGAGAGCCUGGAGCUAAACGGAUACAAGUAUGCAAUCCUGAUGAGAUGACUACAGGUGCAGCUCGAGCUCGUCGGUUCCUCGAGGAAUUUGCCAAAAUGCCACUGGACCAAAUGGAUGUGGAGCAAGCCAUGCAGAAUGUGAGCAGACUCGCAAGCGAGCUGGAAAAAGAUGCUGCUAAGAAUGCAUGGCUCAAGCAGCUCUUUCUGACCUCAUGAAUUUGGUUUUUUUGUUCCUGAGCAGCUGAUAUUGAUCCCCUGCGCCAAGCUUGGAUAUAUUUUAAGGCCUUUUUUGUGACUCUCUUCAGCUUUUUGUAUUUUUUUGUUUGACUGUAGCUGAUGAAGCAUAUUAUGUGGGGGACAAUAGAAAGCUUCUCACAAUGAUUGUUUUGCUUGGA